AUGGUACAUACAGGUAAUGCAGCUGCUGUAGCACAAUUGGCUGCACGAGCAACAUGCACGUCAGGAGAUGGACAAAUUAUUUAUGCAGGAUCUUUACCACGUACUAAAAUCAUUAAAACUUUUCGACCAUCUGAAAAUGAAUUCAAAAGGCUCUAUGAUAAAUUUUCCAAUACACUUAAAUGUCCAUGUUCUCAAGUUGCAAUACAAUAUAGUUAUUUCACUAAUAUUGAUGUUAAAUUUCAUGAAGUUUGUGAAAGUCAGUUCAUUACACAAGAUUGGAUAGAUUCCGUUUAUCAUGUCAAUGUUUCAAUAAUUCCACCAAAUGAUGUUCGAACGGUCAUGAGUAAUUUCUGGCAAUUCAUUCGUUCAUUCUGCAAUCUAACAAAAGAGACAUUUACUGAUGCCUAUACUGACUUCAAUGCUACAAUCUUAUUGACUCCAGUAACUCAAUCACAAUUUUUUAUUGAGACAAACGUUGAAGCGUCACUCAAUUUCUCAGUUACUUCUGCUGUAUCCAAUCUUAAACGUAAUCUAUUCAUUAGUCGAGAAACAACAUUAGUGAAUGGAUUCAUGUCAAGUUUAGCUACCAACUAUCACAUGGAAUCAGUUUAUUACGCUUCAUUGCCAAAUACAGCAAAUUUUCAGAGUCGUGCUAAAAUAUUCGAAGAUAAAUGUGUUUGCUCAAAUUUGAGAGGAUGUCCUCGGCCAGUUUCUAUUUUCGAUCUUAAUACAAAAUCUAUUGAAACAAAUGUAACUGGUAUGAUAUUCGACUGUUUACUUGUAGAUGGUGUUCUUGCCUCAUCACUUGACUGCUUUUAUCAGUCUUCAUGUUUAUCUCUGCUCCAAAAUGAAGCAAUUAUUCCAAUAGGAGUACAACCACUUAACGCUUCGAGUCGAUUCACACAAACAACUACUAUAGAACAACUUCUAAAUGCAUAUGCUCAAGCAGGAAUCUUCAACAAAUUUGAUGGUAUUCUCAAUGACAGGAAUAUUUCAAGUCGAUUUCCUAUGAAUAGGGAUUUUGGAACAAUGUUGAACGAACUUUUAAUAGAAGAUUGGAUAAGUAAUGUUUCUUAUAAUAAUUAUUUCGAUAAAUGUGCUCCAUUGUCGUGCUCCUUUACUAUUGAACAAAAAUUCGAUUGGUUUUACGUUUUUGCCAAUAUCUUGGGUCUUUAUGGUGGUUUAAGUGUUGGUCUUAAAUUGAUUUUACCCGUUAUUGUUUCACUUAUUCUGUUAACGUUGAGACAAAUUUCAAAUCGAUUUCGAAUUCGUCCUGAUUGUCAACUGGCACAAACAAAUGAAAAUGUCAAAUCGAAUAGUGAGUAA